AUGGCUCGACGCAACGCGCAAAUUCGCACUGGAGACUUCGUGAGUGUAGGGCGCGUUGGCCGAAGGACUGGCCUGGAGCUCCCGGUUCAAGUCACAGGUGAAGACGGCUUAGAGCAGAUCGACAACAUCUUUUCUAGCCCCGCGAAGCCCUCUCCUUUGAGACAGGCUCACUCUGUGGAAGACUUCGAGCGCGAUGCCCUUCCUGCUCCGAAAUCCAUACGCCGAAGUCUGCCUCGCUCGGUCUCUCCCAGGAAGACAAAUAUUUCUGGCCGAGCGCGCCGCAGCAACGGUGGCUUCCGGACCGUCCACUCAGACGACGAGGCAGACGAAGUGCCGGACGAUGCGCCUGUCUCAAGCCCAUCGAGGGCGAACACAGCGGCCUUACGCUCAAGCGUGGCCUUCCCACUCCGCGAUAUUACGAACGAAACAACAGUGUCGCCACGUGCGAAGAGGAAGUCCAUCAUACAGAGCAUUGAGGAAGAUUAUCAGAGCUCAGACAGCGAGCAGCCGCAGGUUUUCGUCGAUGAUGCGCCCGCUGAAAUUGACGACUACCAGGGCGAGCCUGAAGAUCAGAUCGAGGCAGACAUCCCAAUUCAAGAGCCUAUUGAUGAUGAGGAAGAAGCGCAAAUCCGACAGCAACCCGCCCCUCCCGCAAAAAAGGCCAAAUCAAAAGCUCUCACUCGCACGAAGACCACAAAAAGAGGCCGUCCUCCGCUCAAAGCCAAAGACAACAACCAAAAAAUGUCCAAACGACAAGAAAAGGAGCUCGACGAAGUUGUUGAGCGCGUCAAAGCCAGACCAGACCCACCUCGCUCUCUCUAUGUCCUCCGCAAGGAGACUCCUGCAGAUCCCAACGUUCACCUCACCCGCAGUGGCCGCAUGACUGUCAAGCCUCUUGCAUACUGGCGCAACGAGCGAUGUGUCUGGGGUGGCAGUCCGAAUACCGAACUCAAAGAAGGCGCACGCUUCCCCAUGAAUAGCAUCAAGGAAAUCAUCCGCACCGAAGACCACAACACCCCCAUCCGCAAAGGCAAGAAGUCUCGCAAGGGCAAACAGAAGAAGAAAGCCGCCACCGCUGAAGACGACUCCUCAUCCGACGAAGAAGCCACCUACGUCGAGCCAUGGGAAGUCGAUACCGGCACAAUUCACGGUACGGUCUCUGAAUGGGACAGCCUUGAAGGACUGCCACUCAACACCCUGCAACAAAUCGAGAUUGCGCACUCAAGCCAAGCGAUUCAGACGUAUGUCCCUCAACCUAAGAACGGCCAGGAACCUGCACAGUUUCGCUACAGCAAACUUUUCAGCAACAACUUCAUGUCCGUAGGAUUGGUCGACCUGCCUCCAGGUGGGAUCAAAAAGCCCAAGAAUUCGCAAAAGAUGCAGAUGACAUUCUAUGUGCUGAAGGGCAGGGUCACUGUUAGUGUUGGGCCAAUCUUGGGCACGAUGACAACUUUUGGCAUUGGGAAGGGAGGUUUCUGGCAGGUACCGCGAGGCAACCAAUAUUCGAUCGAGAACGAGCACGGUACUGAGGCAAGAUUGGUCUUCUGUCAGGGUUGUAUGGUCGACAUUGCUGAAGAGGAAGAAGCAGAAGAGGAGUGA